AUGUUUAUCGAUGAUUCUACAUUUAUGAUAAUGGCUUAUAAUUAUUUGAAGUUAUUGAUAAGACUAUAACUCUAAAGUUUCAGGAGAUUUCUUAAAUAAAAUUUCUCUCAUCUAGCUUAUCUCGAUAAAAAUCAGAAUAUCUUUGAUGAUGAUAAUAGUUUAGUUCACCCUUAUAUAACUACAUAGUAAUAAUUCAAAACAUAAUAUUCUAAAGUUAAUCUUUCUUUUAAUACUUAAUCAUCUUAUUUUUCUCUUUUUAAAAAAUGUCAGAAACCAUUCAAUAUUUAAGUCUCCUUUACAUAAUAGAAAGCUCAUCUUCAUAUGGGUAAUAUUGAUUUAUUAAAUGAAAACGAUAUAAUACAUAAUUUUCUGAGGACUGUUAGUAAAUAUCAAAAGUAAUAAUGUGUAAAAACUUCCUUUGGGUUCUCCAUUCAAAAUAGUUAUAUUUUAGUUUUAAGUAUUUCUAACUCACUUGGUUUUGCAUCAGAAAUUUAUACUAACUUUCUUUUGGAUAUUAAUUUUCCAUUUAAGGUCUUAAAUAACAACAAAUACCAAGAGAAAAGUUUAUAGAAUGAUUCAUUAAAAGAGAAUAAAGCAAUACAACCUUUAUUCAGAAAAAUUAAUUCAUAAACUAUUUUAGGAUCUCAUAAAUGA